ACAUCAUUAUAAUGGUCAUCAGCAGUGACGUGUGAAAAGAAAGUACAAAUGAUGUGUGAAUGAAAUGAAAAGUAGAAAAAAUGCCGGCGUGAACUUUAUUCCAGCUCUAAAUUUAAAUUGCACUUGAAAACUAACACGAUUGUUUGGAAUCAGAUGUAGCUGCGAUCAAAUGUUACAGUCCGAAAGUUCCCUAAGAUUUCAGUUGAGGCUCAUUUAACAGCUAAUCGGAGUAGAUAACUAAAAUCGAAACUAAAAUCUGGCAACAGUUUAGAGUUAUUUAUGAGUAGACAUGGACAUGGCGACUAUUGCAGAGCCACAGGAGAAGAUUUCGCUCAGUAGUUAUGCGAAGAAGCAUGUAAGAUAUGGAAGUAUGGCAAAAGAAGGAAUGAAAACUGAAAAACACAUUAAACAUAUUGUCCAACCUGGUGAUACUCUGCAGGGAUUAGCUCUUCGAUAUGGAGUUACUAUGGAACAGAUAAAAAGAGCUAACAAAAUGUGGACUGCUGAUAGUCUUUUUCUACGUUCCUCCUUAGACAUUCCUGUAGACCAAGAAGCUUUUAUCGUUUCUUCCAUAUCUUCUGCACCACAGACUCCACAGACAUCUCCAGUGAAACAUCCUAGUGAAAAUCAAAAUGGUCAUUCUUUUAUUAAUUGCCAAACUAGUAUUGACUUAUCAGAUAUUCAAUUAAAUGCAAGUAUUACAACUAAUAAUGGGUUAAAUGGCGUAGAAAAAGAAGAAAGUGCUGCAGACUUUUUAAUCAGAAUUGAUAGUCACAUUGCACAGACUAAGGAUAAAGUACUUAGAUUACAGCACAAAGUUGUGUAUUCUGAAGAUGAUCUUCAUAACUCUAGAGAUGGAUUUUCUCCCCGUAUGAGCUACCAAUACCAAACUACUAGUCUUACUGGUUCUUCGUCACUUAGUAAUCUCAAUGUGGAUCCUUCUAUAGCUCCACAGCCUGUUAUUAUGACUAAAGGACGAAAAGUUAAGUCUUCCCUAAAAAAGCUUGAAAGGCAGCAAGAUGAAAUAUUUGAAUUAUAACUAAGGUAGAUAAAUGGAAGUGGUGUUAGCACUUCUUCAAAGUUUUGUUUGUGUAUACUACAUAUAUUGAAGCAAUAUUAACCUAGAAUGAAAUUUACACAGAAAAAAAAAUAUAUCAACACUGCAUCAAUGAUUGAACUGUUGUUAAUUAGAAAUUUUGGUGGGACUUUGUUGAUUCGCAUUGUAAUUAAAUUCAUAGUCAUAUUUAUCUAAUCUAAUUGGUACUAUUAUUUGUGAGUGUUACAUUUUUGCUCAUUUUAUUUGUUGUUUUAAAUUUUCUUAGAAAAUACCAUUACCACAAUUAAUAUUUUAAAUACGCUUAAGGCAAACUAAAUCCAAAAUUAUAUAAAUAUUGUAUAAAUACUGAACAGUAGAGCAUCAUUUAUACUUUAAAAUUUGUAUAACGUAUUAAUGCUAAUAUUAAAUUUAUUUUUAAAAAAAUCAUUUAUAGAAUUGAGACUAUAUUUAUUAGGGGGAUAAUAGUCUUAAUCAUUUCUAUUUUCUGUAACUGUAGUUUUCAUAAAAUUUUACUUUAGCUCUAUAUUUUGAGAAGAAAGUAGUAGUGAUGGUUAUUAGAUAAUAAUUAGAUGGUUAUUAGUUUUAUUAUCAUUAUUUUUUUGAUAUUAUAUAUUAGUUUAUAUAAUUUAAAAUACAUAAAAGGCACUUAUAAUAAUUUAUAACUGUAAAAUUGAAUUUGGAUUAUGAAAGUCUUAACUUGGUCAAUAAUAUGCUGCU